AUGUUCGUGAUCGUCGUCGCCGCCCAAUUUCAAAAGAAGUGUCAGGAGAUGCUGAAUCACCUGUACUCUAUCUUCAUGGACCUGACGAAAACCUUUGACACUGUGAAUCGCGAAGGACUGUGGAGAAUCAUACAGAAAUUCGGCUGUCCCGAGCGAUUCACUCAGAUGGUGCGUCAGCUCCACGAUGGAAUGAUGGCGCGCGUCACGGACAACGGAGCUGUCUCAGCGGCAUUUGCAGUGACCAAUGAAGUGAAGCAGGGGUGCCUUCUCACGUCUAUCCUCUUCAGUCUUAUGUUCUCUACCAUGCUGAUGGACGCCUACCGAGACGAACGCCCCGGGAUCCGCGUCGCCUACAAAACGGACGGUCAACGGUUCAAGCACCGGAGGGUGCAUUUCCAAUCGCGCGUCUCCACAACGACCGUCCACGAACUUCUGUUCGCCGAUGACUGCGCCCUUAAUGCAACUACUGAAGGAGACAUGCAAAGGAGCAUGGAUCUCUUCUCCGCCGCCUACGAGAAUUUCGACCUGAUUAUUAACACGGAGAAGACGGUUGUUAUGCACAAACCGCUACCCAACACUGUCCACAAUGCGCCGCAAAUCAGCAUGAGCGGAACCCAUAUACAAGCGGUACGACUUCACGAAUCUGGGCAGCACUCUCUCCCGCAGCACCAAAAUCGACCAUGA